AUGAGUGUUGUCGGAAUCGACUUCGGUGCCCAGAGCACUAAAAUUGGUGUGGCCCGUAAUAAGGGUAUUGACAUUAUUACCAAUGAAGUCUCCAACAGAUCUACUCCCUCCCUCGUUGGAUUCGGCAGGAAAUGCAGAGCCCUCGGUGAGGCAGCUAAGACACAAGAGACCUCGAAUCUGAAGAACACCGUUGGAAACCUCAAGCGCCUGAUUGGCCGCUCAUUCAGCGACCCCGAUAUUCAGAUCGAGCAGGAGUACAACACUGCCGCCCUCUGCGAUGUAAAUGGUCAGGCCGGUGUCGAGGUCACCUUCAAGCAGAAGAAGGAGAAGUUCUCUGCUACCCAGCUGGUCGCCAUGUACCUGACCAAGAUCAGAGACAUCACCUCCGCUGAAUUGAAACUUCCCGUCUCGGAUGUCACUAUCAGCGUGCCGGCUUGGUUCACCGAUGUUCAACGCCGGGCCAUGCUCGAUGCUGGUGAAAUUGCUGGUCUCAAGGUGUUGCGACUGAUCAACGAUACCACUGCCACCGCUCUCGGAUAUGGUAUCACCAAGCUCGAUCUUCCUGGCCCCGAGGAAAAUCCUCGCCGCGUCAUGUUCGUUGAUAUCGGCCACAGUGACUACACCGCUUCGAUCGUUGAGUUCCGCAAGGGUGAACUGAACGUCAAGGCCACUGCUUGCGACCGCCACUUUGGUGGUCGUAAUUUUGACCUCGCCCUCACCGAGCACUUUGCCAGCGAGUUCAAGGAGAAGUUCAAGAUCGAUGUCCGUACCAACGCCAAGGCAUGGGCUCGUACCCUCGCUGCUGCCGAGAAGAUGAAGAAGGUCCUGUCAGCGAACCCUGCCGCCCCCAUGAGCAUUGAGUCGCUGAUGGAGGACGUGGAUGUCCGGACCAUUGUCAAGCGCGAAGAAUUGGAGACCAUGGUCCAGCCUCUCCUCGAGCGGGUCACUGUUCCGAUCGAGCAAGUCCUUGCUGAGGCUAAGCUCAAGCCCGAGGACAUUGAUAGCAUUGAGAUGGUUGGUGGCUGUACUCGUGUGCCUGCCAUCAAGGACGCCAUUGCCAAGUUCUUCGGCAAAAACCUUUCCUUCACUCUGAAUCAAGAUGAGGCCAUCGCUCGUGGCUGUGCCUUCAGCUGUGCCAUCCUUUCUCCUGUCUUCCGCGUGCGCGACUUCUCCGUUCAUGACAUCGUCAACUACCCCAUCGAGUUCACCUGGGAGCAGUCCGCGGAUAUCCCGGAUGAGGACACCAGCCUGACCGUCUUCGGCCGCGGUAACGUCAUGCCCUCGACCAAGAUUCUCACUUUCUACCGUAAGCAGCCAUUUGACCUCGAAGCUCGCUACGCGCAGCCCGAGAUGCUUCCUGGAAAGACCAACCCCUGGGUGGGCCGCUUCUCUGUCAAGGGUGUCCAGGCCGAUGCCAACGACGACUUCAUGAUUUGCAAGCUGAAGGCUCGCCUGAACCUGCACGGUAUCCUCAACGUCGAGUCCGGCUACUACGUGGAAGACAUGGAAGUGGAGGAGCCCGUGCCCGAGGAGAAUGGUGAUGCCAUGGACACUGAUGCCAAGGCUGACGAGCAACCCAAAAAGACCCGCAAGGUCAAGAAGCAGGUUCGCAAGGGCGACCUGCCCAUCUCUGCUGGCACUUCGUCGACCGAGCAAUCCACCAAGGAAGCCUGGGCUCAGAGCGAGAUCGCCAUGUACACAUUGGAUAAGGAGAUCGCUGAGACCGACGAGAUGAAGAACCAAUUGGAGGCCACCAUCUACGAGGAGCGGGACAACAUUGAUGGUACCUACCGGGAGGUCUACAAGCUUUUCAGGAGUGAUCCAGCCGAUGUGGAGAAGAAGAAGCAGGAACUUGAGCAAUUACUGGCUGAGUUCAGCACAGCACUUGAGAACAUUCAGGAUUGGCUGUAUGAUGACACUGAAGCAGGAGGUGAAGAUGCCUCCAAGGAUGCUUACGAGGCCAAACUCAAAGAGAUCGAGAAGUUGAACAAGCCAUUCAAGGAUGCCAUCAUGGAGGAGCGCCUCCGGGUGCAGGAGGAAGAGUUCCAGAAGAAGCGCGCAGAGGAAGAAGCCAGGCGCCAGGCUGAAGAGCAAGCCAAGAAGGCCGCGGCAGCUGCCAUGAACUUUGAAGAGCGGAACGAAACGAUGCCGGAUGCUCCUCCUGCUGAGGGUGACAAGCAGUAA